AUGCUGACCCGCUGCGACCACAGGCUGCUGCACGUCCUGGGCCUUAGCUUCCUGCAGCUGACCCGCCGGCUGCUUUUCCUCUGCGCUCACCGCCUCAUGAAACUGCUGGUCAUGUUCGUCCUCGGCGGUCCCGGCGCUGGCAAGGGGACCCAGUGCGCCCGCAUUGUCAAGAAAUAUGGUUACACACAUCUUUCUGCAGGAGAACUUCUUCGUGAUGAAAGGAAGAACCCAGAUUCACAGUAUGGUGAACUCACUGAAAAGUACAUUAAAGAUGGAAAGAUUGUGACAGUUGAGAUAACCAUCAGUUUGUUAAAGAGGGAAAUGGAUCAGACAAUGGCUGCCAAUGCUCAGAAAAAAUUCUUGAUUGAUGGGUUUCCAAGAAAUCAAGACAACCUUCAAGGUUGGAACAAGACCAUGGAUGGGAAGGCAGAUGUGUCUUUCGUUCUGUUUUUUGAUUGUAAUAGUGAGAUCUGUAUUGAACGAUGCCUUGAGAGGAGAAAGAGUAGUGGUAGAAGUGAUGACAACAGAGAGAGCUUGGAGAAGAGAAUUCAGACCUAUCUUCAGUCAACAAAGCCAAUUAUUGACUUACAUGAAGAAAUGGGGAAAGUCAAGAAAAUAGAUGCUUCUAAGUCUGUUGACGAAGUUUUUGAUGAAGUUGUGAAGAUUUUUGACAAAGAAGGCUAACUCUAAACCUGAAAGCAUCCUCAAAAUCAUGCUUGAAUAUUGUUUUGA